AUGGAUAUGGGUAGUAAUUCUAGUCUGUAUAAUGAACAACUGGACGGCCGCAUGUACAAGACGCAAUUCUCGUUCACGCCGGGCGGCGUCGGCAGGAACAUGUGCGAGGCCAUGCACAAGCUGGGCUGCUCCCCGGACUUCCUCACCGUCAUCGGGGACGAUUACUUCGGCGAUCAGGUGAAAUCGUCCAUUCCCGCGGCCAGCAGGCGCCUGAUGAGGACCAGCAACGGCAAGGGGACGGCCCAAUGCAAGAUAGUCUUCGACAAAGUCGGGAAUUGCCAGAUGCUCAUGGGCGAUAUGGACGUGCACGGGGAGAUUACACCGCAAAUAGUAGCUGAUAAUGAAGAUGUCAUUAAAAAAUCGCCGUUGGUUGUAUUAGAAGCGAAUUUAUCGCUCGAUGCGAUUAAUUCAGUUCUACAAGUAGCCGAUAAACAUGGAAUACCAGGUGAGUGA